AUGCCUCACGGAGGCCACGAGCAACUUCCCGAGACCUCUCAGACGCACUUAGUCAAUCUGCAUCCUGACACAGAUUCUAGCACAAGUCUGCAUUUUUUGUUAAAGGAGCUCAAACCUUCAACUAGUUCAAGUAAUACGUUGGCCUUCCCUACGCUGCCUCCUUCAACACAGCCUUCACUAGAUCCGAAUCCGUCGCUAUACCCUCAUUUACGUUCAUAUCCUGAACGAUGUCUGCAGCAUCCUUAUCGCUCAGGCUUGGAAAACGCGUCAUCUGCGACGCUUUUCAAUCGUGAUAAGCUCUCUGUGGUCGACGAUCUUAACCAGCUUCAUCGCGAACCGUACUACUCAUAUCUAUGGCAUCACUCGGACGUCCGUUUUUCGUAUCGUGAUCGACAGACUCCCGUAUUCAUCAGGACCGAACCAAGAGCUCAGCGUGUAAUGAGUGGAUAUAUCGACCCACUUUCUCUCAGCAGAAAUCCUGCGAAACGGAGCAUGGAUCAUAUACAUCAAUGUACCGUCAAUGGGUGA